AUGAAGUAUUCCAAUCCAGUAUUGUUUUCUGUAUCAUACAUCGCAAUCUUCAUCGCCGCGGUUCACGCCAUCUGCGUUCCAAUCAACCAUCUCUCCGAGGACGAUUCCAAACCUAAAUUCCAAAUGUCACCACUACAAUUCGAGCCAUCACCAAUCCAAUCAAUCUUCACUCAUCCACAUCCAGAAUCACCAGGCGCAACAACAACCGAUAUUUCAUCGGCAAACGAACUUUUCAAAUUGAAUAACAGUCCAUUCAUUGGUAACAUCAACGAACUAUUCAACAAAUUCAACACUCCGUUCGCAGGAAACGCGGAUCCGGAGCUAGAACGUAUGUGUAAAUCAACAGAUUACAUUAAUCUAUGUCUCAACACGUUAUCGCCUUCAUUAAACGGUAAGAACGAUGUUGAUUCGGUGAUACGUGCUGCGAUUAAUGUUGCGAUGGAUUAUACUAAAGUGGGGGUUUCGAUUGCGGAGAAGUUAGAGGCGGAUCCGUCUGUUACGGGUAGGUUAGCGUCGACGAUUGGAGAUUGUAAGGAUGGUUAUAAUGAUGCGUUGGAUAAUUUUCAGGAGGCUUUGGAUUCUUUGCCGGAUAAGGAUUUGGGAAGGAUGAAUAGUGUGCUUAGUGCUGCUAUUACGGAUUUUAGCGAUAUUGGCGAUUUCUUAGAUGGAUUGAAUUCGCCGUUGAUUGAUUUGGGUGAUAAACUUGUUAAGUUGACGAGUAAUUGCUUGGCGAUCUCUGCGUUGAUGAAUCAACAAUAA